AUCAAUUUGUGAAGUGUCGUCAAUGCGUCACACAAUGAGAGGAUUUUUUAUUUUAUAAAUUCCGCAAUAAUCUUUUACCGAAGUGAGGAAAAAACCAUAAACGUUGACUAUUUGUGAUUCACAAAACUAUGGCAGAUAAAAGGAAAACUCGGAAACGUAAAGAGCUGAAAAAGGAGUUUGGUGAGCCAAAGGAAUCAGAGAAGCCCACAAAAGAUGAGUACGCGGUAGCAAAAUGGCUGAAAGCGAACGUACCGACGAAAAAGACCAAGUUCUUGAAUCACCAUGUUGAAUAUUUUACAGGCACAAAAGCAGUGGACGCGCUGCUGACAUCGAAAUGGGCGACGGGCAAGAACCCCUUGUUCACCACCAGACACGAGGUGGCAGACUUCCUGCACCAGAUGCUGCUGCACAAGCUGUUCCAUAGGGCUAAGAAGGUGCCAGUGAGUGAGCAAGAGUUAAAAGGCAAGAAAAAGAAGGAGGAGAAAUCCAGCAAGAGUGGAGAUGAAAGAGACGGGGAUAAAAGUCAGGCGAGUGCCUGCGAGAGUAAGGACACGAAAGAAGGUAAAGACGGCAAAGAGAAGAAGAAGCGCAAGAUCCGCUUAGAGAUGCAUAUGGAGCAACUGUUCCUGGACACCCUGGACGCGUACGUGUGGAUCUACGACCCCAUGCCGUGGUACUACUGGGUUUGCGGCGCGCUGGUGGUGGUGGCCACCAUCGCCGUGUGCAUGUUCCCGCUGUGGCCGGCUACUGUCAGGAAAGGAGUAUACUACCUGAGCGUGCUGGCCGCGGCGUUCCUGGUGCUGAUCAUAGCGCUGGCGGUGCUGCGAGUGGUGGUGUUCUGCGUGGUGUGGGUGGUGACGCUCAGCCGGCACCACCUGUGGCUGCUGCCCAACCUCACCGAGGACGUGGGCUUCUUCGCGAGCUUCUGGCCGCUGUAUAAGUACGAAUACCGCGGCCCCGGCUCGGAGAGUGACAAAUCAUCGAAAAGCAAGAAGAAACGCAAGAAAGACAAGCAGUCGGACGACGAGGCGGAGAAAACGCCGCUCGUAACUAAAGAGGAACCAAAACUUCAUGAGGAGCCCGUACAGGAGACUCCACUGACGCAAGAAGAAGAAGUAGUAGAGGAAACAGCAGCAGAGGAAACAGCAGCAGCAGAGAAACUGUCAGAAUCAGAGUCAGAGAACAGUCAACGGUCAUCAACGGAUAGAGACUUCGAGAUUGUUGAACCAGAAGACGUUAAGGAGGGUGCUACUUAGGUAGUCCACACUAGAAUCGACUUACUUAUGUAUUAUAUUCGUGGUAAAAUCAACUGUGGAUAUUUUGGGACAUUGAUUAACUUAUCGCAUCCUAAGUGAUCUACUGGAAUAAAGACUUCGGCAGAAAAUUAUAGGCAUACGAAAAAAAUUAUACAUAUAAUAUUCGUUAUAUCAUUAUACUAAAACAUUCGUGUCAUAUUAUGAGGGUGAUUUUUUUUCUAGAGCAUGACAAUUGUUUGAGACAAAGAGUUUUGGCAGAAAAAACUCUGUAUUCCAGUAGGUCAUAUGCCCAAUAUAUUAUCCCCCUUACUAAUAAACGUUGUAUAAGCUUUGAAUAGUUAUACAGUGUUUUG